CAGUCUGAAAAUCAGUUUCACGUGAACAUUUAAAUCAUCUGCAUUCAUGCUGACAGCAUCAAAUUAAUACGAAAAAUGUUGAGAUUGAAACGUUUCCGAGUAAAACCGCUUCAGGCCAUCACUCGGCGCUUUAGUGCUAAAUGGUAUCCAGACCCAGAGUAUUUCGAGCAAUUCAAAGGUCCUGUAAUGUAUCCAGAUGAGACCACUUCAAGGGUUCCCGAUCCGCUUGAAAGAUAUCUAGAUUGGAGUAAAGUUAAAUUAGAAAAUGUGCGCAUCAACUUUGGGCCAGCUCAUCCAGCUGCUCAUGGAUGUUUGCGGAUGAUUACCUACUUGGAAGGAGAAAUUGUAAAAAGGCUGGACCUCCAUAUUGGUCUUCUACAUCGAGGUACUGAAAAAUUGAUAGAGUAUAAAAUGUAUAUGCAGGCUCUUCCAUACUUUGACCGAUUGGAUUAUAUAUCUGUUUUGUGCAAUGAACACGCUUUUUGUCUGGCGACUGAAAAACUAUUGAAUAUACAGGUGCCUCGCAGAGCUAAAUACAUCCGAACCCUAUUUUCUGAGAUUACGAGACUUCUUAACCAUCUUGCUGGAGCAUCGUUUUUGACUUUGGAUGUAGGGGCGAUAACUCCGCUUUUUUGGCUCUUUUAAGAACGCGAGAAACUAUAUGAAAUUUGCGAGAGAGUAUGCGGAAGUAGAAUGCACUGUGGGUAUUUCAGAAUUGGAGGAGUUGCUCAAGACAUGCCCCUGGGAUUAAUGGAUGAUAUUCAUGAGCUGGUAUCAAAGCUGCCAGAGCGGCUGGAUGAGCUUGAAUAUUUAGUCACCAACAAUAGACUUUUUAUAGCCAGAACUAAAAAUAUUGGGCCAAUAACAGCUCACGAAGCGCUCAAUAGAGGAUUUAGUAGCGUCAUGCUUAGAGCGACCGGUGAAAAGUGGGACAUUCGGAAAGUGAUACCAUAUGAAGUGUACGACGAAUUGGAGUUUGAUGUUCCGGUUGGAGCGAAUGGAGAUGUUUACGACCGAUUUAUCUUACGCGUUGCCGAAAUGCGACAAUCCAUAAGACUGGUCAAUCAGCUACUGGACAAAAUGCCUCCGGGUGAAGUUAAGGUGGACGACAACAAAAUUUCCCCUCCAACAAGAGCAGAGAUGAAGAAGAGCAUGGAAAGUCUGAUUUGCCACUUUAAAUUAUUCUCCAGAGGAUUCAACGUGCCACCCGGCUCAACUUACACCGCCAUCGAACACCCUAAAGGCGAGUUUGGGGUGUAUUUGGUGUCGGAUGGCACCUCCAAACCCUACAGGUGCAGGAUCAGACCUCCCAGAUUCAUCCAUUUGUCCGGAAUGGACGAUUUGGGGCGAAAUACGUUUCUUGCUGAUGUAGUGGCUAUUUUAGCCAGUAUUGAUGCGGUGUUUGGAGACGUUGAUAGAUGAAGUGUUUGGAUUUGUAAUAUAGAUUUUUGAGUGUAA